AUGUGGGCUCCUCGUUCUUUCGCCAAAGCCUGGUAAACCACUUCCACCCCUUCGAGCGAGCCCUGCCCGGUUGUUUAGAUCAUCCUUCCAUUCGUUCGUUCCUCAUGUGUACCGUACGUUGGAUUGACUGAUUGAAUCGUUCCGCGAGCGUUGCGGUUGCUUUUGUUAUCUCUUUGGUUUUGCAGCAUUUCUUCUUUCGGACCGCCUUUUCUCUAAGCUAUCUACUCGCCAGUCAAACCCGGUAAAAAAGCGAACGAGCCAGCAACGUUGGCUGCUUUCAGUCCGGACUACCAACUUGCCGACCUGCGCAAGGUCUGCCACGCGAUAUCACUGGGCUGACUAACGUCGCCUGCCAGAAUUGUUUGCGAGUCGACCGCGCACACUCCAGCGCCGUGGUGCUCUUCGGUCGGCGAUUUCUACUAUCUCAGAAAACUUGAUGAAAUGGCCCCAGCACCACCGCCUUUACCGACGCGGUUCCCGUGUUGGUGCAGAGCCGUAUACUCGUGGGGAGGAGAGUCGAAACGAGACCUCGGCUUCAUUGAGGGCGAUUUGAUCGAAUGUCUGAACGCUGGUGACGGUUCUUGGUGGACGGGGAGGCUACGAAGGGAUCGACGCAUGGUCGGCGUCUUUCCCUCCAACUUUGUCGAGCUUCUUCCAGAUAACUUCCGGCCCAUGAGCAGAUCCACGAGUCCGCUUCCCCAAAACAACACACCAAGCCCCAAAGAUACGCCUCAAAAGUCCAGGACCUUUCGAAAACCGUUCGAGGCCUAUGCAAAAGCGCCGCAUUAUACGACAGCAAAACAGCCCGAAACGUACAAGGAGAGCCCUACCCACUCACGCGACGCUUCUGCCACAAGCGUCGCAGCCAGGGCUCCCAGUCCUGCGCCUCCUAGAGCCCAUCAUCAAAGUUCCCAUCAUCAAAGUUCCCAUCGAGCGGUCAGCCCGGCACCGACCCACAGAUAUGAUGACAUGAGGAGAGCCGCGAGCCCUGCUCCAUCACAUCGAUACGAUGACAUUAGGAGAGCCGCCAGUCCUGCGCCCACACAGAGAUAUAACGACAUGAGGAGAGCUGCAAGUCCAGCCCCGUCACAUAGAUAUGAUGAUAUGAGGAGAGCUGCGAGCCCUGCACCGUUACAGAGAUAUGAGGGCAUGAGGAGAGCCGCGAGCCCUGCGCCGUUACAGAGAUAUGAAGAAAUGCGAAGGGCCGUGAGUCCCGGCGGCUUCGACGCUUUCGGAUCUAGAGCACCCUCUCCGGCGCCAUCUGACAUCGCUUACAAGCCGUAUCGGCCAUCAGUGGGCAGCUUCGAUUCCGCACAACAGCUCAACCUUCAGGAUGGUCCUGAGUCUCCUCCUCCACCAGCACCUCCACCUCACCGACAUGUGCCACGACAUAACUCAAAUAUGUCUUACGACAGUCAGAAUGGAGCAGGCCUAGAAAGGCAUGUCUCGAACCUAAGCUACGACAACCGACAAGCCGGUCUCAGCAGGCACGGAUCCAACGUACAAUAUGACCAUCAGCAGCCGGAGAUCGAAGGGAGCAGGCAUGGUUCAAACGUUCCAUAUGGUUUGCGCACGACUGGCUACCAUACUCCGAGAGCCCCCUCCCCAUGUCCUCCAUCACCGGGCCUGGGACGCGGCGGGAUGACGCCGUCCCCUCUGCGGGAAGCUAUGGACGGCGUUAUGGAACAACUGGGUGCUCUCGGUCUCCCCCCGCAAGAUCCAUCGCCAGAACCCACUACUUUCGACCCCUGGUCUCCCGAGUCCUUCGAUAUGGUUCACCAACAGUCGAGGAGACGGAACAACAAAAAAGAACAGCUGAGGCCCCAGACUUCUAUGGGAAUUGCUAGAGCCGAUUCCGGGUAUGAGACUUAUAGCGGAGGCUCAUCGCAGGGAGGCAGUCAAGAGAAUACACUCAAUAACGUGGGCCAUGACCCAGACGAACUUGGACUUCCACAACUGAGCAACUAUGUGGAAAGGAUGGAGACACGUCUUAGAAACAUGCACAACCAGAGCUCGAGCCGAGUUGAUGACGAGAUGGCACCACCACCUCCUCCCAAGUCCCAGGCUUAUGAACGUCCAAAAUCAUCUAUGGGAGGCAGCAUCCACGGGUCGUCGGGCCAUUCUGGAAGCCAGCCCAAGCUCCGGCAUAGGAAGUCGGCGUAUGACGUCGGAAGACAAGUGCUGGGACGCACUUUUACCACCAAAACAAACUCGACCAGCACAUCCUCCGGAAAUCAGAGCACAACGACACAAAGUACAAGCCACAGCUUGAUGAGUGGUGCGUCUGCAGGAGGCAUCAGCGCUACCAGUGCCGGAAGCUUGGCCCGCAAAAAUCAGCACCGAAGAGCUCAAAGUGCUAUGAGCAUGCGCGAGCCGGAGUUGGACCGCCCAGAAACUCCCUUCACCGGCGUAACGUACCACAGCAGCCAUGCUUCCGACGCCCAAGUGACGAGGCCCAAGUCACAGGUUGCAUACCACAAUGAUGAUCCAAUGGCUAACAUCGGCGGCCUCGGAGGUUUGACGACACCCAAGACAAAGAAGUCCAACUUUUUCAAGAAGAUAUUGGAAUCUGCUAAGACUGGAGUGGCAAGCACUCGAGGCAGCAUCGCAACCGCGGGUGCUGGUUCCAUGAAUUCACCACGAGGGCGUUCAACACCCAACGGAUUCAUUGGAAUCGCAGGCGGGCUGGCCGGUCCCGGUGCUGGGAGGGACACCGCGAGGGAAAUGGGCCUUGGAGCGGGCGUCGACUGGGUGCAGAUCCGCCGUGAUGUGAACCGAUCAAACACACUGAGCCGAAACGAAGGGAGUGAGCGACGCGAGCGCUGCCAGAUGAUGGACUACCCAGCUUUAGAUCCCGUGGAUGAGCUUUAUGGCAGCAUAGAUGGCGACGAGGGCGCAGACGGCAUGGCCGUGGCGGAACCAAUGAACUACGCAGCCAUCAACUUGAGCCAGGUGGACAAGAAUUCGCGCUUCAUCAGCGGCCUGCCCCCAACGACAACCUCGAUUACUUUGGCUACAACUUAUGUUUGUAGGCCAUACCGUAGCGACGUGCAGCGUCUGCGGGCCAUCUUCACCUGGGUAGCCGAGAAGAUCUGCUGGGAAGAGGAUUUCGAAGGCCAGAUCGAUACGAGGCGAUCGAUAGCAAGCAAACGCGGCUGCGCUGAGGAGUACGCCGUGCUAGUAUACGAGAUGUGCGCAGCAGUCGGAAUACACUGCGAGGUUGUGCGUGGCUACCUCAAAUCUCCUGGCGAGGUACCCGAGAUGGGACUCAUGCCACGGUCAAAUCAUUGGUGGAAUGCAGUCCUUGUGGACAACGAGUGGCGAAUGAUAGAUGCUUGCCUGGCUAGUCCUUCGAACCCCCAACGAGGCCUGUACUCCAGCGCAGGUAGUGGGGUUGCAGAUGCCUUCUGGUUUUUGACACGGCCGACGGAGAUCUGCUGGACGCACAUUCCGGAACACCACGGACAGCAGCACAUAUGUCCGCCUGUGGCGCAUGAGAUCCUCCUCAACCUCCCAUGCGCCUCUCCGCCAUACUUCCGAAACGGUCUGCACCUAGUGGACUACAACACAUCGUUGACAAGGAUCGAGGACCUCGAGAUGGUGCAUGUGAAGUUCACUGUGCCAGAGGAUGUGGAGGUGGCCGCCGAGGUGGAAGUGCGGGCCUUCUCUAGGGACGCUGACGGCGACAUCUUCGAGUCCGGGGAUGUGGUGAAGAAGCGUGCUCUGGCGCAGGCUGACUGGGUGGGCGGGGAGAAACGAUACACGGUCAAGGCGCUGUUGCCCGGCGACGAGGGCACCGGAGUUCUCAAGGUGUACGCAGGAAAGAGGGGUCUGAUGCACAGUAUCAAAGACAUCCCGCAUCCGGUGGCGUUUGCAGUGCCAAUAAUGCAUACCGGGGAGAACCCUCCGUACGAAUUUGUCACCCGGCACCCGACACCGCAUGCGCAGAGGCACGACAUAUACGUUGUGCAACCCCAGUGCCAGCGCCUGGCGCUGAACAACACCUUUGUGUUUGCGAUACGACAACAUCCCAGCUCGCUAGGUACGGGGUCCGCGAUGACGCCAUCCUCGAAUCCGGGGGGUGCAUCGCCAAUACCGUUCGCAAGACCGGGCUCGGCGAUGAGCAUGACCAGCUCUAGCGCAGCAGGAUCCAUGCCCAGUUCGGCAUCGACAAACGGAUCUGGGGUGGUGAGCGGGAAGAAGCCGGCCAAGCUGGCGAUCCAGACGCCAGGCGGCAAAAUUCUAAGGCUCAUGAGAAAGGAAGAGCGAAGAAACGGGGCAGUGGGCGUCGGCGGCAGGACUGCCGGGUCUGACGAGGACGCGAGUGACGGCGGUACAUGGGAAACGAUUAUAAAGUGUAGCGAAAAGGGUGUCUGGCGUGGGCUUGUCCUGGCGGACAGGACAGCGAGGUGGUGCGUGUUUGCCGAAUGGGUUUGUGACGGCUGACGGACGAUGAUUAGAGCAACGGCCGGGCAGAUCGCUCACAGACACAUGGAGGCAACCGGCAUCGUUGUGUAUGAAUACCUUUUUUCGACCGGAUAAUAGGCUUGGGAUUAUUGUUAUGACUAUUAGGGGGGGCCAGACAUAUCUUUUGGGAAGGGCCGGCGUUAAUAGGGGGGCGAAAAUCCUUUGGUGUUUAAUGUUUUUUAUGUCAGUUUUUUCUUGUCUUUGGCCGAGUAUUGAGGGUGGAACGGGGUAAUCGAUUUUUGACACAUUUUUUGAAAGCAUUCGUUUCUGCUUUCUAUCUUUCUUUCUACAGUAUUGCGGGGGAAUUUGCAUUGGGACUGGGCGUUUUGUUUGAUUUUGAGCACACGCAAUUUGUUAAAUGGAUUUUCAAUGUUGAAUCCGUACUUAUCGACUUGAAACUUAUGGGCC